AUGCCACCCAGCUCGGUCGGACAGAGACCAGAUUUCUGCCGUAUCCUCCUCCUUGGGGAUAAUGGCUCAGGCAAAACAUCACUCAUAACGCGAUUCGUAUUCAAUGUCUUCUCAGCCUCAUCUAUUUCCAACGAAGCUCCAACGGCUCCCAACAGGCACCGCACCCAACGCAUGGUCUCCUCUUACCCUUGCAUCAUCGAGCUUGUGGAAGCGGAACCCCUACCGGGUGCUUCUAAGAACGGGGAUGUACAUGCCGACAUUGUUAAAGAGAUCGCGAAUGCGGAUGCCGUCGUACUAGUCUACAGUAUCUGUGGGUUGAGAUGGCAUCCUCUGCAUCGGGAAAUUGGGAGUGAAAGAGAUGCGUGGAGGACGGUACCGCUCGAGGGAGUGAGACGUUUUGGAAAUUUGGUGAAGGGGCACGUAUUAAGUGAGGAGGAGGGGCAAGGCAGCAGGGAGGAAGAGGCGGUAAUGUUGGUGCUAGGAUGUCAAAGAGAUAGAGAGGAUCUGAGAAUUGUGAAAGAAGACGACGGGAGAGCCUUGGCAGGGGAGUUGGGAUGUGGAUUUGCUGAGGUUGAAGUGGAAAGUGGAUGCGAGGGUAUCAAUGUUGUUAUUGACAGGCUUGUUAUGCAGGUCCGAGAACAAAGGAAAUGGAGAGCUGGGGGCAGCUGUAAGGGAGAGAGGCUUUCGACUGAGAAGGAUGCAACCGAUGCAACGGCUACCAGGUUCUGGGAGAGGAUGCUCCGUAGAUAA